CUUGUAGAAAUGAUGUCCCUAACUCUGAAACCCGCUUCGGCAAGCGUUGCUCGCCGCACCGUUCGGUCGGAAGUUGUUUCCCAGCCGGCCCGUUCACGACGGCACCUUUGCACAAGGGCCCUGCUUGGGCCGGAUGGAAAGCCAGGUGCUGAUGGGGCCAAGAAGAAGUUUAUCACCCGCGAGGAGGAGCCGGAACAGUACUGGUCUAGCAAGGGCGAGCAGGACGGGGCGAACCCUCUGAAGGACCCGCUCGCCAUCAUCGGCAUCCUGGCCAUCUUCUUCCCUUUCAUCUUUCUGGCCGUGGCAGUGGCGGCUGGCUACAUCGACCUGUCCGUCUACAGGUAGAAGAACAGUUGUCACCAAUCGGGAUCGAACACCCACCUCGGAAAGUUUGACGACGUCUAUCGGGCUACACGGCUGGCAGUCCACCGCACUCGCAGGUUGUCUCUCCCCGUACGGACCCACCCCGGCUUUUCCGCAAUUAUCGAAAUGAUGUUUUUGAGUUUUGUUGUUGUGCGUGUACGUCGUGGAUUUCCGACAUAAUUGUGCGAAUUGAGGCGGUGCGUGGGGGAAUAAUUGGAUGUUCGUUGGACGAUAACUUAUAUGACCAUAGGGGCCGAUGGUACAGGGGCAAUUUUCAGCAACGUCUCCAUUUUGGCGGUUGUUUUCUCCGGGGGCGAGAGGCUGCUAUCCCUCAGUCAUGACACGAUGUGGGUCGUGCACGGAUGAUGAGCGAGAGUAUUUUCGCGAAGAAGCGAUAACGGAAAGCUUUUCUUGCCAGGGCUGCGAAAUCCUAGUACGGAAGUCGUUCGGAUUUGGGUCUGAUGGCCCUAGCAGACUUUAUUUUAACCUCACGAGUUGAGCCUCCGUCCUUCUCAUGUUGUAAUCCACAGAAGGUGAGUUCUAAAGUGGCAUGUGGAAAAUUGGGCAAAGCUUUGUGCUGUGUCGGUGUGUGCUGAGAGGUAGGAAGGAAACUCGUUCAAAGCACACUUCCCACAUACACACGGAAAUGGUUGACUCGGAUUCGCUGGAGCGUGAUGUUUAUUUCUUACACAACAUUCGUACGUGUAUUCGUACAGAACAUACACAGAACAAGAGUAUUAUAUAUUGUAACGCUAUGACGACUCGC